CGUUAAACCAGGAAGGAAGCUGCCUGUUAUGGAAAGUAGUGGCGUAAAGUGCAAAAUGACUUAUCAAAAUAUGCCAUUAUAUCGUGGAAUCAUGACUUAUCUUUAGCUCAUUUUUGUCAUAUCCCUCAUAACAAGUGCACCAUGUCUGACCACAACGAUAUCAGUCUCCAACCUGAGGAGCGCGUCCGUGUCCUCACAAAAGUGGGAAGUUCGGUCGAGGUGAACGAGGAUGUUCCGCCUCGACGAUACUUCAGAUCUGGCAUGGAGAUGAUUCGCAUGGCAAGUGUUUAUGCCGAUGAGGGGAACACGGAGCAUGCAUUCAUUCUCUACAAUAAAUAUAUAACACUUUUCAUCGAAAAGCUCCCCAAACAUCGAGACUACAAAACAGCCAAUAUACCAGAGAAGAAGGAGACUAUGAGGAAACUGAAAGAGAUUGCUUUUCCAAAAGCUGAAGAACUGAAGAAACUACUCCUAACACAAUAUGAUAAAGAUUAUGCAGAGUAUCUCGUGAGAAAAAAAGCCGAGGAGGAGGCCUACGCACGAGAGCUGGCCCGGCAGAAGCAGCUGGAGGCCGAGCGGCAGCAGCAGGCCGAGGUGCAGCAGCGUCAGCGUGAGCAGGAGCAACUGCUGGCCUUCGAGGAGAUGCUGCGGCGCCAGGAGCUGGAGAGCCAGCGGCAGCGCAUCGUGCGCGACUUCAGCCCGGCCGUCGCCCCCACCGCGCCCUCACUUCCACUGGUGGAUGAUGUCCAGGGACCGCCCCAAGCCGUCUUCGUCAACCCAACACCCCCUCAGAGUCCCACUUUCAACUACACCCCCUCUCCCAUCCCAGCCCCAAUGUUUGACCGCUCUCUGAAACCCAGUGUACCAGUCAUCUCGGGGAACAAUCUGACCAUCGAUGGCAUACGGCAACUGGCAGUGCCCUCUGAACUGUGCCACAAGUUCCUAAAGUUAGCUGAUGCCAACACCUCUCGAUCAGUUGAGACUUGCGGCAUUCUUUGUGGCAAAUUGACCAAGAAUGCCUUCACAGUGACCCAUGUGAUCGUGCCCAAGCAGUGUGGGGGACCAGAUUAUUGUGACACAGAGAACGAGGAAGAGCUUUUCCUCAUCCAGGACCAGUACGACCUCAUCACCCUUGGCUGGAUCCAUACCCAUCCCACACAAACAGCGUUUCUUUCUAGUGUGGACCUGCAUACUCAUUGCUCCUACCAGAUGAUGUUACCGGAGUCCAUUGCCAUCGUCUGCUCUCCUAAGUUUAAUGAGACCGGCUAUUUCAGAUUAACCGAUCAUGGCAUGACUGAAAUCUCUACAUGCAAACAAAAAGGAUUCCAUCCACACACUAAGGAGCCUCCAUUGUUUACUGACAGCCGACACGUCAACAUCACUGAUAUUGGUGUGACGGUGCUGGACCUGAGGUGAUGUUUCCUUUGCAGCCAUACUGCGUGCCUUCCUGCUUCCUGCUACAUUAUGGGAACCUCAACUUACAAAGUGGCCUAAUGUACUGUUUGCUCAUGGAUGGACACAGAUGAUAAAAAGAAUACACAGCUUUUGGUGGCCGAAAAGCUUGACCAUUAUGUUUGUUUUUUUAUCAGAAGAAAGACUUUUAAGUAGUAAAGUAUGAUUUUUCACAAUACCUUUGAUCUCUUAUUAUAUAUGUGUUACAUAUUUAUACCUGAGCAUUCUUUCACUCUCUUGGUAGAGUAGAGAGUCAUGGUAGAGUGAAAUAGUUCACUAUUUCUUGAAGAAAGGUCAGUGAAGCAAGGCUUACUUCAAAGGGACCAAGAGAUUGUAGAAGCCAAACAGUAGAUCAAUAUUUGAUUACUUUUCUCCCAUAAUCAGUUGUCAUUAAGAAGCAAAGCACCUAGUCAACAUGCACGUAAAACAUAGGGUCCAGACCUGAUUAAAAUUAUACAAAUUAUAAUGAUAUGUCUAAUAUUCUGUACUGUGCAAUUAUUUUUGUCCAUACAUUUCACAUGUAUUAUUAUUAUUAUUAUUAUUAUUAUUAUAUGUGGGAAAUACUCUGCUCUGCUAAAAAGAUAAUACAAUCUGCAGGGACAUUCACAUAGAUUAUGUGCUGUGCUGAUAGCCAGUAUGGAGUGCUACAUUAGAGCCUUACUCUUAGCAAUAGCAUUGCUCUCUGCUGGGAAUAGGUUUGUGCCAAAUCAAGAUUAUGCAGGAAGGAAAUUGAAAACAAUUUUAAGUCAACAUGGAUAAAACAAAAAUCAUUAUAUUGUUUAGUCAUAUUUAUUGUUUCAAAUGAUGUACCUUUGAUAUGUUUUGAAUGUCUGACAGUGAUAUACAACCUAAAAUGAUGUUUGAAAGUAAGUCAUGGGCUUAUUAUUACGUUUUGCAAAUGAUUUAGGAGUAAAGCUCCAGUGCAGUGCAGACGAGAUGUUGAAGGUGUGUAGGCUAUGCUGUAUUAAUCCAAAUACACAGCACUUAAUAAAGUAGGGAAAGUAAAGUGUUCUAAGGUGAUUAAUGAAAUAAUCCAACUUUAUGCUGCAAAGCUCUCUUUCAUUUGAGUGGCUUUUUUAAUUUUGUGGAUCUAUUUAGUGGCGUCACUAGGCUAUACCUCGUCACCCCUGAUCAGUCUUCUCUUGUACUGUUACUUUGCUUCAUUUCUUGUAUUGCGUGCUGUAAUUGUUAUAUCUGCAGACAAAUAAAUAUAUUGUCCAAG